CAUUAUAAGUUUGAGAAUCAUUGAGUGCUUCGGUUGUGAGCAGAUGUGAGUGAAUUUUCCGGAAAAAAUAAAAGUACAAACAAAAUAUUUGGGUGUGCAAAAUUUUCAAGUAAAAGUAAUCAAAAUUUCCUAGGCCGGUGGAAAUUGGAAUGUGAGUUUCUAUUCAAACUGCUAAGAAGCACGUUGAAGUGAAUAUUCUGGAAACGCAUACGAGAUUCGAACAAAAACUAUAAAAACCCAGCGGGCAUAAAUAAAAACGAAGAAGAAUAUACGAAUGACUUGUGCGUGUAGUUUCAAAAAAUUCCAUUAUCUUCAAUUUUCAUUGUUUAUAUGAAAUGUUGCCUUAAAUUUUCAGUAGAGAAAUGAAAACUGCGACAGCAAAUAGUGUAAAAAAUAAUUAAAAACAACGGAAAGAAUUAAUUGUUGUAAGUUGCAAUAAAAUUGAAUCAACUUAAUUGCAAGCAAAAAAUAUCUAUUUCGCUCUAAAGAAGUGAUUGUGUGAUAUCCAAACAAAGAAAACUAACUACAUCAUAGACUCCACAAAGCGAAGAAUUGAACUGAUUGAAGAGAACAGAAAAAAAAAUUAACUAGAACAAAAAAUCGCCGGUUAACAGUUCGUUUACGCAUGCAGUUUCCUUGUAAUAGAAUUGAAGAUAAAAAGCUAAAUAUUACUCAUUACAAAAUCUUGUACUAAUUACUGUUAAUAUUAUCAAAUUUUUAUAUAAAUAACCACUGUGUAACAGUUCCUUUUUUUGAUAACAUACUAAAGCUUUAUACACAUUCUUCGUGCAUGCUUCCGGAAUUGUUGCUACGCCUACAUUUAUUCCUUGAUGACUUACUGAAAUCAAAGAACGAACUUGUACAGAUUGUCACCGAUUUUACAUUAUUUUCCUUCGAUCAUCUACAUCUGAUAAAACUCAUAGCUAAAAUGUCAACGGCAUUUCUUACCGCCAUAGCGGUCAUAAUGUGCAUCCUAUUUCGUAUACUAAACGUUAACAGUCAGCCGCUAAAACCAAGCGUUUGGUGUUUGGAUCAACAGUUUCUGGAUUGUAUUUAUAAAAUUGCACCAGUACUAAGAGAACCUUAUGUUCCCACGCGCUUAUGGGGUUUUAGUGGUCACGUACAAACGGUGCUGCAUAGCAUAGUAGGCCGUGUGAAAUGUCCUUGGCCAUUGGGCGAACGUGUCUAUCUGUUGCUACAGGAUGGCUCUACACUUACCUAUGAUCUCUAUCAACCGAUAAACGAAGCGGAGGAUGAUGUCACCAUCGCGAUUUGUCCAGGCAUUGGCAACACCUCGGAGAGUGUGUAUAUACGCACAUUCGUACACUAUUCACAAAUGCAUGGCUACAGAUGUGCCGUACUUAACCACAUUGGUGCAUUGAAUAGUGUACAAGUGACAUCGACGCGCAUCUUCAGCUAUGGUCACACGGAUGACUUUUCCGAUAUGGUUAACAAUUUACAUAAGAAAUACCCAAAUAGCCGUAUUGUGGCUGUUGGUUUCAGUUUAGGUGGCAAUCUUGUGACUAAAUAUAUGGGAGAAUUAGCAAAGUCAAAACCGAACACCAUACUUGGUGGCAUAUCGAUUUGUCAGGGGUACAACGCAGAGGAAGGUACAAAGUGGCUUUUGAAUUGGCAAAAUUUCCGCCGCUUCUAUUUGUAUGUGAUGACAGAGAAUGUGAAGAGUAUCAUACUCAAGCAUCGUCAUGUGUUGCUGUCGGACGAAGUGAAAGCACGCCACAAUCUAAACGAACGUGAGAUUAUCGCUGCCGCUACACUGCCAGAAUUAGAUGAAGCUUAUACACGUCGUGUGCACAAUUUCUCGACCACACAGGAGCUGUAUAAGUGGAGUUCAUCACUGCACUUUUUGGACAAUAUCGACAAACCAAUGAUUUUCAUUAAUGCUAAAGAUGAUCCACUAGUGCCGGAAGAGCUUCUGCCACCUAUUAAAGAAUUCGCAACAUCACGCCCCAAUGUGGCAUACAUUGAAUUGGCUCAUGGUGGACAUUUGGGAUUCUAUGAAGGCGGUUUAAUCUACCCUAAUCCAGUUACAUGGCUGGAUCGCACUGUAGUCGCCAUGGUUGGCUCCAUAGUAAUGCUGCAUAUGGAUGCUGUGUCCAGUGCACAAAAAGUUGGUUAUGAAUAGGUGAAACAACAACUUUCACACGCAAAAAUAAGUGGAAAUCACACUUAAAAAAUAAUAUAUUUGUAUGCGAACGAGGAAGGGUCACAGUACAAUUAAGUUCUCUAAGCAUAUACAUACAUACAUUGUAUGAACGUAGGAAAAAUGCACAAACCAUGAACAUUUCCUUUGAUAAAUUUUGUAAAAUUGAAAUGUUUACUUUUGUUGAAUUUUUAAUUCGUAUUUGUUCAUGCAAACAAAA